AUGGUGUCUGAAGCAGAUGAGUUACCCAAAGAAGAGAAAAUCAGUUUCAUCUGCGGUUUGCUGCUCCAGGUUCCCCCAGGGGAAUUUAGGAAUGUUUUUGAAGACCUCCGCAUCCUGAUUGGUGACGAUCAUCUCAUGAGGCAGGAGGCUGCUCAGGUGUCUGCGCAUCACACCAGGAAUAACUUCACACCUGUGAGCAUCAGGGGAGAGGAUUCUCUAGUGACACGGCACAAUGAUCUGGGAGGAAAUCGCUUCUUUGAUCCACAGAUCAAGCUUUCGUUCAGAUUUGAUCACUUGAGCGGAAGAGCUGAUAAGAUCUUGAUCUAUCAUGACUUCAAAAGAGAUACGGCAGAGUUAUGGAGAGAAACCCUGAAUGUUACUUUAGAGUCUUAUGUGAAGAAACAUUUGCUUUCUGGGAUCUGUCGUGUUUACCAGAAAACCCUCAGAGGAACCCCGUUCUUCGUGAUCUGUAUUGAAGGCCAUCAGUAUAAGAAGUUUUGGAAUGCUUUUUGGAAAUCAGAAUGGAUUCUUCCCGUUACUCCCCCUAGUACUCAAGUCACAGGAAGUAUUGUUGUACAGAUACACUAUUUCAAAAAAUCUAACCUCCACUUUACAGCAACCAAUGGUGGUAGCCAUUCCAUGUAUUUAAUUAACCGUGCCCAGUUUGCCAUAGAUUUUGAGAAGUUCAUUGAACGUGAGCAUAGCAAAUUUCAGACUGGUUUGGUUGAAAGCCUCCAAGACUUGUCUGAUGAAGUGUGGCAAACAUUGCGUAGACAGCUCCCAGUCACUCGUACGGCAAUCCAGUGGAAUAAACUGCUGACUUAUUAA